CUCAUCUUCAAAUCUAUCACGCCAAGCCCUAAAAAGAAACCUCAUAACCAUUAUAUUGUCGUAGCAAAAAACAUGGAUGCAGAUAGUAACAAGACCAAAUCCAUUAGUAGAAACGUUGUGGACCAACUUGUUGAAGGCUAUGAAUCCGCUACUCAGCUUCAGCUUCUCUUCUCUCAACAACAAUCUGAUCACCACAUCGAUCAGACCCGUAUUGUAUCCGGAGAUCCGGAUCCAGUUAAUAAGCUAAUGGCUAAGAUCUUGGAUUCUUUCCACAAAACCAUAUCGGUUCUUGAUUCAUUUGACCAAGUCACCAACGCCUCUGUCCUCGUUGAGGGUUCACGGAAUGCUUCAUGCGGCGAUGACUCCGUGACUCCAGCGAGUUGCAACGGUGGUGAUUCCGGUGAUAGUAGAAAGAAACUUGGGGCUGGUAAGGGUAAAAGAGGAUGCUACACUAGAAAGAAGAGAUCUCAUACUUGGAUUGUGGAAGCUAGAAGAAUUGAUGAAGACAAAUAUGCUUGGAGGAAAUAUGGACAAAAGCAGAUUCUUAACUCCAAGUUCCCAAGAAGUUACUUUAGAUGCACACACAAGCCAACACAAGGAUGCAAAGCAACAAAGCAAGUUCAGAAACAAGAGCAAGACCCUAAUUUGUUUCAAAUAACAUACAUUGGUAAUCACACAUGUAACGUUAGUGACGCAACACAAGCAAAGACCGAACCUCUCGAUCACGGAAUAGUCAUGGAUUCUGACAACAAAAUGGCUGCAACCAUUGCUCAGGACCAUGUCGAUGCAAAUAUACAAGAGCAAGAGAAUGACAUCAGUAGCCUAGUCGUAAUAGGCGUAGACAUGGUGAAGGAGGAGGAUAAUAACAAUGGUGAUCAGAACAAAGACUAUUGUGAGGGUUCUUCCACAUAUAGUGAUUUGUCAUUUGUUUGGCCAGACAAGAUGAUGCUUGAUGAUCGUCAACAUUAUCAGAAUCACUACUAUCAUGGUGAAGCUAGUACUACUUCUCAUCAAUUCUCUUUCAUUGACAACGGUCAACUCUCCUCCUUAUUUGAUUCAUACUGCCCUUACGAAGGAACAAGUGCUAUAUGAACACUUAAUAUAUCGUAGUUAGGUUAUAUUUUCUCUUCCUUUAUCUUGGAGAGUAUAGUAUAUCUGGUGGGGAAUGUAAUAUUUUUGUUGUAUGUUUGAUAUAAUUCUCUGUUCUACAUUUCUAUUGUUUCAUUUUCUUUGACACUGGAUGUUUUGUACGUGGUACUAUCAAUUGUAUUUUUGA